AGUACGAAGUGUUUUGUGGUGUUUUGUUGAAAACAUAAAAAAGUGAAAAGUUUGCGAGUCCAAAUCUUGAGUUAACUUUAUUUAAAGUGUGCGGAAUUUAUUAAUAUUUCAUUUUAUAUUUACCUUAUAAUCAUAAUUAAUAGCAAAUCCUACAUUUUGUUCAUCUCCAAACUUUGCUUACAACUUGUGUUGUUUAUUUUUCCAAGUGGUGAAUUCCUCUAACUCCUGUUUACAAGAACGUAAAGUGUUUAUAUUAGCAAUGGCAGGUAGAAUGUACUUUAUCGUGGCGCUAAUAUGCGUUGUGCCCAUCGUUUAUGCUUGUAAUGAAGCUAUUUGUGCCAGUGUGGUGUCCAAAUGUAUGUUGACCCAGUCCUGCAAAUGUGACUUGAAGGACUGUUCCUGCUGCAAAGAUUGCUUCAACUGUCUCAGCUAUCUGUACAGUGAAUGCUGCAGUUGUGUGGACAUGUGCCCUAAACCAAAUGACACACACACUGAACUCUCAAAAACGUCUUAUGUGGAAGAGCUAGCUGACGGAGUGCCUGGCUUAUUCACCGCGCUGACGAGUGACAUUGACCCACAAGAGCGCUGGCUUUCCAUCACAUACCCUGUUGAUAUUGACUUGUCGGCCUAUAGGCCUACACCUGAGAAGCAACUGGUGUACCACUUGCAGAGCGUGGAGCAGGAAUCGGAGCCGGUGAGCCGCGACGUGGUAACGCUGAAUUGCACCGUGGCCUACAUGUCUCAGUGCAUGUCGUGCGACAAGUGCCGCGCCUCCUGCCGCUCUAUGGGCGCCAAUAGCUUGCGGUGGUUCCACGAUGGCUGCUGCGAAUGCGUCGGAGAAAAGUGCCUGCACUACGGAAUCAAUGAAAGCAGAUGUUUAUCCUGCCCCGGCGGGAAGGCGACCACAGACAACUCCAUAGACGAAGAUCUGACGUACGAUGACUUCGACUACGGCGAGGAAGUGGAUGCGCAGGCUUUAUAAAUGCCAUGAACGGUAAAAAAAUAUUAUGUACCCGCCACAAUAUUAAUAAUUAAGUUUACAGUUGUAAAGUACCUCGGUGAAAAUCAAAUUCUUCCAGAUAUUCAUAGAGUUAACAUUAAGAUAAGACUGAAAUGAGUAUUUUUGAAAUUUUCCGUCUUUAGCUAGCCAGUCAAUGUGUAUUAAGGCAGACAGAUAAAAUAACACAAAAAUAUUUGAUGUAGAAGGUUUUAUAAUGUGCUGCUUGGUUUCGCACUCGUGAUUAAAAACCGGGUGCUAAGUGAGGAUAAAAUGGUCUAUUUAAACAAAUAUACCUAUUCCAUAAUAGCGCACAGCGCCAUCUAUCCAUCACAGCAAUUUAAUGCAAACAUAUCACAUUUUUACGUACAAAAUAUUUUAUAAAAUAUCUACUUAUUCCGAAAUAAUAUACUUAACUUUCCACCCAAUUUAAUGUCUACUUAAUCAAUCGUUCAACGAAGUAAUAUUUCGUCAGAUAUAAGUUUAUAGUGGAACUAAAAUAAAGAAUUCGUAGCGUUUAAGAUCUAAAUCACAUUUAUUUAUUAUUGAUAGAAAUCAGGGAUGUAAUGUAUUAAUGGAUAUUAGUAUUUUACUCGUAGUUUUAUUUUUAAUAUUUGACAUAGUAGGGUGAUUUACACCAUUAUUUUUUUUAUAUUGCACUACGAUAUUUAAAGCUUCUAUGGUCGUAAUAAUUUUAAUCUGAAAUUAUUUUUUAUUUCGAAAGUUGAAAAUUAAGAUCUGAUCUUUUACCCUGUAAAGUAAAGCUUGAUGCCCAUGACAUGACGUGUCCAAAAUAAAUUUUCUUUUUUAUGUAUUAACUUCGAAUAAAUCCUACUGUCAUUGAAUUUAAGUUUUAUUUUACAGCUACGAAUAGUGCCUUAAUAAAUAAAUAUACUCGAAUUUUCACAAUUUACAUAUUUAUAUUAUGCGAUAUUUGUAUAGUAUUAAGUUUCAAUUACACGCAUUUGACAGAUUUUAAUUUAAACUUUUUUAAGUAGACUCCAUUUAAGAAGAAGUCUAAAAAAUAUGAAAACUGUGACUGCUCAGCUCUGAUAGUCCUUAAAAAUCAAAGUCUUUCA